AAAAGAGUGAAAGAAACGAUUAAGUUAGAGGGGAUGUUGUGUGUAUUUGAAAGAUUGAAUUUAGCGGGCAAAAACCGGAAUUUCAAUGUCAGGUAUUAUGCAGCUGUAGUCCCACUUUUCUUUGUGGGGGAGGGUACGUGUAGGAUUCGACAGGGUGCGGGGAGGCUUUCCCUUUAA